AUGCAAGUCAUGCAAUCUUCUUCAGGAUCAGUGGUAUGCCAAACUAAAUACGCAAAAGUAUACGACGAACAGUUGCAAACGAUGCAACUUGACCGAGCUCCGUGGCAAUGUAUUAGCCACUUGCCUAAUCGCCGACUCAUGGUCCAGCGUAUUCUACAGCUUUCGCAGCAUUCCCGCAAGUUCGAUAUAAAUCCCGAUCGAGCAGUGCUUUUGGCUAAACACAUUGAAUUGGCACUUUACUCACGUGCUGGAUCGCUUGUGGAAUAUUGCAAUUUGGCCACAUUUCAGCGUCGACUUCAAAGUCUUGUGGCCUCAAGUGUACACGAAGCAACUGCAUGUAAAAACUUGCAAAAGCGAAAAUAUCAUUUGGUUACUGACCAUAUCAUGCAAGGACACAGAGCUCUCAAACGUCGUCGGUAUACCGCAAGUAAUCUAUUUCCGUUGCUUGGUGAAGAUUGCACACGUCGCAUUUUUGCGUUCCUCGAUGGUAAAGAACUUAUGCAAUACCGAGUUUUGAACCAGUUUGCCGCAGCUUUUCUACCAAGUUGCGCUUUGACAUUAGCAGUCGAAGUGACACAAUUGACAAAUGGAUUAUCAAGCGAUUCGUCACUGUUGCAAAUGACCAACAUUCAGCAUCUAACUGUUUAUCAACGCGGAAUCGAAUCAGCUGCAAAUGUGGGUUCGGCAAUCACGCCACUUUAUGCCUGGACCUGUCCAGAUCGUCUACCAAGUCAGUCUAACGAUGGAGAGAGUGCUGUACUCGCUUUGGCCGAUGCACUCAGCGCUGGCGUCUUCCCAAGCCUCACAAAGCUACAGCUCAAUUCUGUCUUUGUCAACACGAUGAGUGGAAAUGCUCUUCGUGCACUCUGUAACACAUUGGCCACAAACUGUUGUCCACAUUUAAACGACUUCCUUCUUGCUGGCAACAGUAUCGCAGAUCUUGGGGCGAUUGAGAUAGCGCAUCUUCUACAUUCGACCAUAGCCUCUCGUCUAACUCGACUGGAUUUGCGACGUAAUUUUAUCGGCGAGUCAGGAAUGCGUGCGAUUUUGUCAGCAUUAACACGACACUCGAAUCCAGUUCUUCAAGUUUUAUGUUUAGGGGGUAAUUUGGUCACGGACAACUGCGUAAAGCAGUUGCAGCAGCUUUUGGCGAAUUCAAGAUGCAGUAAAUUGCGAUUUCUAGGGCUUGAAGACAACUUUUUGAGUGUCGACGGCGUGCAACGUGUGCUGGAGACAGCAGCAGUCAGCAGUUUACCGUCCAAGAGGCCACGUCGUGUCUCGUGCGACGGAGCGAACUAG